AUGGCGCUACCCUGGGUUCUCGCGGCCCUCAGCCUCCUGCCUCUGCUGGACGCCCAGCGCCCCGUGUGUGCCAACCUGACGGUGGGGCCCAUCACCAACGCCACCCUGGAGCGGAUCUCCCACAAGUGGUUUUACAUCGGCUCGUCCUAUCAAGACGCCGAGUACAAGGAGGAGGCCAAGAAGAUCCAGGUAGCUUUCUUUUACUUCACCGCCAACCAGACGGAAGACACAGUACUGCUUCGAGAGUACAUGACCGUCGGGGACAAGUGCGUCUAUAACGUCAGCCUCCUGAAUGUUCAGCGGGAGAAUGGGACCCUCUCCAGAUACGAGGCGGGCAGAGAACACGUAGCCCACCUGCUCUUCCUCAAGGACCCGAGGACCUUCCUGCUUGCUUCCUACCUGGACGAUGAGCAGAAACGGGGGCUGUCCUUCUACGCUGACCAGCCUGAGGCGACCCAGGAGCAGCUGGGAGAGUUCCACAAAGCCCUCGAGUGCCUGGGCAUUCCCAAGUCGGAAGCCGUGUACACGGACUGGAAAAAGGAUCAGUGUGAGCCGCUGGAGAGUCAGCACGACAAGGAGAGGAAGAAUGAGAAUGAGGGGUCCUAG